AGGGGCGUGGCUAGGAGGCAAAUUAUGGCUCGUGACAAAAAAGCAUCCCGUCUUACUCUACACCCCCCGCUCCCGCCCCGUCACCUCGGCUUCAGUCUCGAACUCGCUCCCCCGCCUCCUUCGUCCCACCUCGCGCUGCGCGCGGCAAUCCCUUCCUUGCUCCCCCUCCCCUGCGGUUGCUUAGCAACGCGGCCCCGUGACAAUCCCCGGACUACAAUCCGCGUCGUGCUUCUGUGACCGGAGAGGCGCCUGCGCGAGAGGCGGAGCGCGCGCUGCCCGAGGAUUGCUGUGCGCAUGCGCCGUUGGUAGAGUUACAGAGGCGGCCUAGAAGACGCCAUGGUUCACCUCGGGCAGCACCUCCUGAAACACUACCACAAGUCUCACCUUGUCAUCCGCUUUGCCCUCGGCGGCUGCGCCAACAGGCCUUUCUACCGAAUUGUGGUUGCGCAGAACAAGCGAGCCCGUGAUGGCAAAUACGUGGAACAGCUGGGCUGCUACGACCCCCUCCCAAAUGACCAUGGCGAGAAAAUUGUCGGCUUAAACUUCGAGCGCAUCAAAUACUGGUUGGGCCGCGGGGCCUAUUUUAGCAUGCCUUUUGAAAAGCUUCUGGGACUCGCCGGAUUCUUCCCCCUGCAUCCUAUGACCAUCACCAACGCAGAACGGAUCAGGAGGAAACAGGCCCGAGAGGCAGCUGCAGUUACAGAGGCCGCGUCAGUGACUCAAGAAGACUCUGCGACAAAAGGAUGAGGGCAAACAGGAGAACAGACUGGGUUGAUUCCUUCAAGGACUUUUGCUGCCAGCUCCAAAGGGCUCUCUGGGACAGGAUGUGCAGAGAAGCAACACAAAUGCUCAAGAUAGAUUAAAACCUCUUUAUGCUCUUU